UGUGACCUCAGCAGUAGCGUUUAAACACGCACUCAUACACUCAGUGUUGAAACACAAAGAGCUGUCAGCUCGAUCGCAAUGAUUUACCUCAAAUAUCCCGACACAGUGAGAUUUCCGAAGGUUUAUCGCGGUUUGGAGUGAAGAAUCUCAUGUUUACUUUCUUGUGAGAGAGAGAGAGAGAGAGAGAUUGAGAAAGAUGGCAGGUAACGGCGGGCAGCUCAGCGUGAGACACUGGACUCCGAAGCACGUGGGCCGCUGGCUGCGUGAGGAGGGUUUCUGUGAUUACGUGGACCUGCUGUGUAACAAACAUCGUCUGGACGGAACCAGUCUGCUGUCACUGACUGAGUACGACCUGCGUUCCCCUCCGCUGGAGCUCAAGGUGCUGGGAGACAUCAAACGGCUCAUGGUUUCUCUCAGGAAGCUCCAGAAGCAGAACGCUGAUGUUUUAGAGGAGCUCGGACUGUCCUACGAUGGACAUUCACCUCAGAACAGCACAGGUGGAGUGGAUUGGUUGUGUAAUGGCGAGUCUGUGCGUGAUUGUGACGGUGUACUGGACACUCUGAGUGGUGACCAGUAUCACCAGUACAACAAUGGCAAAUACAAGCAGCAGCCGCGGAGACUGGACCCUGAGUACUGGAAAACCAUCAUGAGCUCUGUCUACGUGGUCUUCGUCUUUGGCUUCACAUCAUUCGUCAUGGUGAUCGUACACGAGCGAGUGCCAGACAUGAGGACGUACCCACCACUACCCGACAUCUUCCUGGACAGUGUACCCAGAAUCCCGUGGGCUUUUGCGAUGGCGGAGGCGUGUGGCGUUAUCUUGUGCUCUAUUUGGCUGCUAGUGCUGCUGCUUCAUAAACACAGGUCAAUACUGUUGAGGCGUUUGUGUAGUCUCAUGGGGACGGUUUUCAUGCUGCGGUGCGUCACUAUGUUUGUGACGUCUCUUUCUGUACCUGGUCAACACCUGCAGUGCACAGGGAAGAUAUACGGUGAUAUGUGGGCGAAGCUUCAGCGUGCCGUGGCCAUAUGGAGCGGGUUUGGAAUGACCCUCACUGGAGUCCAUACAUGUGGAGAUUACAUGUUCAGUGGACACACUGUCGUUAUCACCAUGCUCAAUUUCUUCGUUACAGAAUACACGCCGCGCAGCUGGAAUUUCAUCCACACACUCUCGUGGGUUCUCAAUCUGUUCGGGAUCUUCUUCAUCCUGGCUGCUCACGAGCAUUACUCCAUCGACGUCUUCAUCGCGUUCUACAUCACCACCAGACUCUUCCUCUAUUACCACACGCUGGCCAACACACGCGCGUACCAACAGAGCCGCCGCGCGCGAAUCUGGUUCCCCAUGUUCUCCUUCUUUGAGUGUAACGUUAAUGGACCCGUUCCGAACGAGUACUGCUGGCCGUUCACGCGACCCACCAUACUUAAACGACUUAUUGGAUAACACUACUGCUGAUUCUGAACAGAUUCUUACAUUGCCAUGAUGGACGUCAAAGACUGCGUCUAACACACAGACAUUUCUGCCCACUUUCUCUAGUAGGCGUCGGUCUUCUAAAGGGAUUAGAAUAAAAUGUGCCCAUUAUUGUGGAUAUUUUUUUUUUUGGCUUGUUUUUCCACUGUGGAAACAGACUGAUAACCAAGACAUUUCAUUAGGGUUUUAAGACUUUAUUUUUUAGCUAGAAACAAAAACCACUACACUGGAACUGUGAAAGUCUUGCUUUUUUUUCCCAUAGAGCGGUCUUUUAAGGUGCUUGGCAGGGAAGCUUUUAGGCGUCUUUUAACCCUUCGCACGACACAGUUGGCAGUAUUAAUUUAUUUCUUCCAAAGACAUUUCAACUUAAGUAUUGUCAGCCUUCUUGAAGCAAUAUGAAAAGUCUUAAUGUUUCAAACGUUUUUUGUGAAACUAUUGUUUUAAUAGAAAUGAUGAUCUCUGCAUACGCAGGCUUUCCUCUCAUUGCCAUGAUUGUUAUGCGUCAGGCCUCUUAAUUGAUUUGUAUUGUGCAGGAUUUGUUUUGUCAGUGUUAAUAUCUGUGUGGAAUGACAAAAUGCUAAUACUGUGUUUAAGACUCAAAAUUGCCCCUACAUUUCCGGUUUUGGGUAAAUCUCAUGAGAACAUGUCCAGGUCACAUUUCACCCCAUAAUUAAAAAUUGCUUAAAAUUAUUUAUAAUAAAAAAAAUAAUAAUUUUAAGUACUUAAAAUUAAUUAUAUUUUUUCUGAAGAUAUUUUUGCACCAUAUUAUUAUUGUGACAUUAUUUUCAUGAAGAUUUAGCACAUUUUCUCUUGAACGUAAUGUAUUUAGGUGAGUUUUUGUUCUUAUUCUCAAUCGUGAUUCUCAUUUGAUUUUUAUUAUAUUUAUUAUUUAUUCUUAAAUAAUAUAUACAUUAUUCUACUACAGUAAUUUGUGACUGUAUUGCUGUAAAACAUAUUUAAAUUACUGUAGCAAAAAUGUAUGGCAAAGGUACUACAAAUACUUCCAAAUACUGUACAAUUUCAAUAUUAAACCGUUGUUUUUUCGCAUUUCAGUAAUGAGAAUGAGAUUUAUUUUGCAUUGUGUUAAUAAGAGUAAAAUGUUUGUAAAUUGUAAUGGUAAAAUGAGAGGAAUGGAGGUUAAAUGUGCUAAAUUGUCAUGAAAAUAUAGUCAAAAUACAACAAAAAAAAAAAGUCCUAAAAUUCAUUUUCAUAAAGCAAAAAGAAAAUACUUAAUUUCUUGUUUGUUGCUUUUGAUUUUGAGGUGAAAUAUGACGUUCUUUAAAGGUUUCGUGAGGUUCGCCCUAUUUCUCCUGUUUUGCCGUCGCUGUUUCUAUAUGUUUGUCUCAUUUUUAAUGAGUAUAUGUGAAAAGUCUUGCCAAAACUUUGAAUUGAUGAAAUGAAAAUAACUUUUUUAACUGCGUCAUUGCCAAUGAGCUUAGAUGCAUACGUGUCUUUGUACAAAUGUUAUUUUUCGUUGCCGUUAAAUAUUUGAUUUAUUUUCAGAUUUAACGUAUAUGAUGGUGAAGGGGGUCUUAGUUACUUUUUGAAAGUUUACGCACACAAAAAAAGUAUGUAACUGACUAAAAAAAAACAUGAAAGCAUAUACAGCAAUGUUUCCCUUUGCUCAUCUUAUGUUAUUGUCUUAACAGGUUUAUAUAUGGAGUAAAGUGAUGUUUAUAUCAGAAACGGGGCUAGUUUUAAGGUGGUUUUCAGUGUAUUUAUAGGUCUCUGUGUACUGAGAAAACAUAUUUUAUGAUUUUACAAAUUUUAAUUUCAUAACAAAAUUCCAUCACAUUGAAUUGAGUACAUAUUUUAAGUCUAAUUAAUUUAAUUGAGUUAAAAAAAUUACACUUGCUAAGACAUUGAAAUGUGUAACUUUUGAUUUCAUGGUUUUUAAUGGAGAUGUAGAGAGCCAUAAAGAAUUCAAAUACUAUUGGUCGUUUAAUUGUAUUAUAACGUGCAAAAAUGCUCAACUUUUCCUCUUGACAUUUCCAUCUUGUCUUUCAAUCACUCCAUAUGUAGCACAACACGCUCGAACAUCAACAGCAUUAUAAGUAACAUUAAUAUGACAGAUACAUGCUCAUCAUAGUCAGUGUUGGGUAAGUUACUCUAAAAAAGUAAUUAAUUACUAAUUACAUCUUACUGUACUAAUUACUCUGUCUGAAAAGUAAUGCAUUACUUAUUAAUAAUUAAACUCAUCAACCUUGACCAGAUGGAAAACACAAGGAUAGACAUGAAACCGUUCUUUUAAUUCUGUCAAAUAAAUCAUAUAAAAUCUAAUAAAUUAUUCAUGAACUGGACAAAGAAUUUAAAGGGGCGGCGUUCAAUUAGAAAAUAUAUAUUUUAACAUUAGACGUUGAAUUUCACUAUUGUUUUAUAUAGAAUUGUUCUAUAGUCUAUACAGUAUUUAACACAAUUACAUCAGAAGUAACUGUAAUUACUGGAAAAUUAAGAGUAAUCCCUUACUUUUUAAAUGAAAACGUAAUUACAGUAAUUCAUUACUUAGAAAUGUAUUUCACCCAACACUGAUCAUUAGUAGAUAAUUUCACAUGUUCAUUGUGCAGUGCUUGAACAUGCCAUUAAGCCACUUACGGACUUUAUAUAUUUUUUUCGAAGAUUUCGGUGGAAUAUUGUGUUGUAUUAGAUGCAGGAGAAUGUUUGAGUGUGCUUAGUGUAUAACACGAUGUGUCUGCCGUCAUCAAUAAAAUUUCAAAAUUAAUC